AUGACGAUACUACCACAAGAAGUUGACUCAAAGGCGGUGCUUGAUGAACGUGACAGCGCCUCGUCUUCAUCCAUGGAAAGCGAGGGCGAUGGUGGUGAGGAAUCCGCUGAUGGCGCUGUGGUUCCACUGGAUGUGAUGUACGCCAUGACCCACAUUAUCCAAAAGCAGGAUGAUGAAAUAUCACGUCUUCAUAGGUUACAAGAGACCGCACGAGAGGAGGAGAUGCUACGCCGUCGUGAGCUGCUACGAGAGCGGGUAGCAUCGGUGCGGCAUUUAUUGGCGGGCACAAAAGAACCUAUUGGUGAAGAGGGAUGUCGGCCAAAUGCCGUCAGCAUCUCCAUAGAGCCAUCAAACCCGGAUUCAGAACUCAGCCCUGCUCCCGUCACUAAGCUGAGGGAACAUCUGCCGUGGCAUACACGACUCUGGCACUCUGUUUACAAUAAUAUUCGCUUUCUUGUCGUUACAGCAGCAUAUACCACAGGCGCCAAUAUCCAAGCUACGCACGCACCAAAUGAGUACUACCACCGGAAGUCAUAUAGUACAUUACGAAAUGUAUUGAACCCAUCCUCAAUGUAG